AUGAACAAUCAGCCUUUGAAUCCGACUCAGGGAAGCAAUAGCACGUAUUUUGAUGGGAAGAAUUACCAGCAUCAAAUCUCUACUCAAGAAAAGGAUAAUCUCCGCCAGAAGGAAGCUUUCAGAGAGAAAUUUAUUCUAUUCCGCGAAGGAAUGCGGUCCAAAACUGAUGAGUCAGAUUCUAGAAUUCAGCAGAUGGAAGAAGAGCUCAGGAAGACACAAGAGGAGAUAGCGCAGUUGAAUACCAGCGCACAGUACCCACCUGAUGCUCAGGUGAAGGAACUGAAGGAUCAGGCACAACAGAAGGAAUCACAGAUCGAGGAUCUGCAGUCGGCCCACCUGAAGUUGGUCUUCAAUGUCCUUCAGCUGCAAAUGCAGCUGGACUUGGAGAAGUCUGGGGGUUCUCUCAGACUGAGAGACGAGUUGAGCCUGAAGGAGAGCAUCCUCCGAGAUCUGCAGAAUAGAGCUGAGAAUCAGAGCAACCGGAUUGCUGAGCUGGAUGACUUGGUGAGCAAGGUCAGCCAGAUUGUUGCAAAGAAGAUCUUGGGAACGUCAUCUGUAUGCUUGCAGGCGAAUGCUGAGAAUGCUGCAAAACAAGAACAAGGGGCGCAGCUGCAAAGCAUGAAGCUGAGACCGCUCCUUGAUGCGAAUGCGGAACAGGACAAAACCCUCCAAAUGCAAAGUGAGAUGAUCCAAAAACUAGAGAGGGACGUCUUGGAUGAAAAAGAAAAACAAACUGAAUCGAAGAAUCUUCUCGAGAGCAUGAAUUCGCAGAUUUCGCGAGCUCGAGUGGAGAUGGGGGCGAGGAACGAUGAAAUAGAAUCCAAGAAAGCAGAGAUUAAAAGGAUGGAUCAGGAGUGUGCGGCUGCUUUGGAAUCUGAGAAGAGCCUGAAGAACAUGCUGCAAGAGAGUGAGAAGCUGCUUCAAGCUGAAUCCCAAUAUCCUCUAGCAGUUCAACAAUAUCAGGGCGAGAUUGCCAACCAACGAUCGAUGACAAUGAGGACUGCGGAUGAAAAUGAAGAGCUCCGGAAAGCGGCAUCGCAGAACGAGUCUCUGGCAUUGUCUGGCAAGAGGGAAAGACUUCAGGCUGAAGUCAACGACAUGCGCAUGAAGGUGCAGGGUCAGCAGUCAACUCCCCAGACGUCGGCUCAGCCCAACGAAGAGCUGAAGCAAAGUCGAUUGAGGAUCGAAAACGUGGAGCACGUGAUCAAGAGUCUGCGAGAGACUUACAACCAGCGGAUAGCAGAGGCACAAGGGCUUCACCGGAGCCUUGGGGAGAACUCGACACAAUCUCAACACCCGAACAACGUUGACAACAACUUGGGCCCUCGGCUGAGGAUGGCGGAAGAGAGAGUGAGGGACAACGAAGCGGUGUUGAGGGACUUGAACAUGAAGAGAGAAUUCUUGCGGAACCGCAUGCAGCAGGCCGCGAGCCAAGGCAAUCCACGGGUGGAUCAGAGCCGGCUGAUCCGAUGCAGAGAUACCCUCCUCAGCAAGCUCAUCGGAAACUGGCAGAAGCAGACACUUGGACGAGCCUUUGCUGCUUGGUUGCGCUCGAUCGAGGCGUUCAAGAUGGAUCGGAUUUUGAUGGAGAGCGAUAAAUACAUGUCGAUGGACUCGAGCAUCGAUGACCUCUUGACUGACGCGCUGUCGAAGCGACGGGCGAGGUCCAUCGUUGCGUCUUCGGUCUCUCUGGGAGGCUCAAGCAUCGACGACGAGUUGUUCCAAGCCGCAGCCACGAGACCGGUCUCUGGCGGCGGAGGAAGUGUCGUGAGCUUUGGAGGAUCCAGCAUGAGCGGCUCGAUCGAGUGGAUGGUCUGA